CGGCCCGAGGGUGGUAAGCCGGUCGGUGUGACGAUUAGCAACGUUCGCAAAAAUUUCUCCCUCUGUACGUGACAUAUGUUCGCCACGUGCUUCUUUUUAUGUGAUUUUACAAUCGAUUAAUUGGUGCAACGUGCGUCGCGAUCAACGUUCACCUUUCUAUUUAUUUUAGUCUUUCUUUGAAUCAAACAAUCGAAACAUAUCAAAAAGUGUUUGUGAAUUGUGCGUGCUUCUAUAAACAUAUCAGCGAUGAUUGUGUACCUCGUCGUCGCAUCGUAGAUUUCGAAUCAACUUUUGUUUUUCUUGACGCAUCGUCGACGUAAUGCGAGCCUGCUGACAUUCGCCGGGGCUCGAUCAGGAUUCUAGAAGCCGGCGCGCAGUUAUGUUACAACGAUGAGCCUGCAGGCUCAGCGACAGACGAGGUACUCGCCUCAGGAGACCGUCAAAAUUUACACGGACUGGGCGAAUCAUUACCUCGAACGCGGUGGUUGUAAAAGGAGGGUUACCGACCUCCAGGCGGACCUUUGCGACGGUGUCCUGCUUGCGGACCUCGUCGAAGCCGUCACCAAUCAGAAGGUGAUCGACGUCAACCGAAAGCCCAAAAGUGCUCAACAAAUGGUCGAAAACGUGAGUCUCUGUGUCGGAGCCCUGCGGGCACUCGGUGCUGACGUCGGGGCUGUUAAUCCCGGUGAGUUGUCAACAGGAUCUACCCUUCGACCUGUACUUGCGCUGCUCUUCGCCCUCUCACGGCACAAGCAACGAGCUAAACAGCUUCAAGACAUGCCGAGACUCCCAUCACCGUACAACAAGCAAACGGCUGCUGGUGGCCCAGGGGUUGGUCCAGGGGGUACGAGCAUCCCACUGCCAGCGACCGUAGCAGCGACAAGAAGAUGCCCUCCGGACAAGGUCAGGCCAGCUCCGGCCCCUGCUCAUCAAACCCAGCUCGGACUGAAACACGGAAACGGCGGUAUUGGCAGUGCAAGCAGCUCGAGGAGUACCAGCCCGAGUCAACAGCACCCACCCCAGGCGCUCUCCUUCAUUCCACAACCCAGAAGUCAAUGCUCUACAAAUCGACAACCAGCCACUACACCCAGUCCUCGAGCAUCGACGGUUGGACGUCCGGGUGGUUUAAGGGCGCCGCAGCCAUCGCCUUACUCGGGGCCUCCAGCGCCGGUACAGCAGACGAACAAAAACUCUGUUCUCGACAAAUUCAAGUUAUUUAACAACAAGGAUAAAAAUUCGGAACGUGGAAAAGCGUCGUCAGCAGUAUCGAAGAGAACGUCGAGUUCGUCGGGUUUUUCAUCGGCCCGUUCAGAGCACUCGGACAGUUCGACAUCGUUGUGCGAUCAGACGAAGAAUCAAGUGGAGUCGCCAAAAACAAGAGCAUUGAAAUCGAAGCUGCAGGCAAAGCCGACGAAGCAGGCGAGUCCGAAGAGCGCGAGAAAAGAGCAAUCAAAGGCAGCGAGUAAAAUAGCGCGGACAAAAGGACCAGAAAAAUUGGUGAACACAGCACCGAGCAUCGAGGAUGGAAAAGUAUCGAGUAAAAUCACAAAUUCUCUUGCAAAAGUCGCAGCGAAUGAUAAAAAAGUCAACAGUCUCGACCUCUUGAAGCAAUCAGCUCAAUUACAAAAAUCCAAUUCUUCCUUGACGAUACAACAGAAGGUGACUCAACAACAGCCGCAACAGCAGCAUCAACCACAACAAAUAUCCCAAGAUACGAAAAUCGUUUCGAGUCCAAAAGCCGAGCAAAAGGGCAUUCAACGGCCAAAGAUGGAACUGCCGGCUAAAAUAACCGAUACGAGGUUACAACAGAAUGCAAAAGGACCACCGAACGGUUUGAACAAGGGUCUCGUGCCAGGUUCGAACGGACUGAUAAGGCAGCCAGGCCACGACAUAUCGAUGCAAGAAAAUCCGAUGUGCGUGGAGAACGAAACUGCCUCUUUGGACAAAACAGUAACAACUAUGAAUCAGACAAACAUGAAUUUAUCGGAGGAAAAGAUGGUGGAAAAUGUGCAAAAGGUCGUUGACCUCGACUCGAAGAAUGGUAAAACAGAAAAUUACGAAAUUCGUUUGAGAAUCAGCGAGAAUCACAUCGAGGAAGAAAAUCGUGAAAAUUUCGAAUCGAACGAGCACGAAUCCGCAAAUUCGUCGUGCCAGCGACAAGAACCUUUCGACGACAAUAAAAUACAGCCCGAACAAUCGAAGAGCGGAGAGAGCUUCGUCGCUCCCCAAACAACCAACUCAGCCAAUCCGCUUCCAGGACCCGGACCAAACGCACAAGGUCAAAACGUCACCGGUCCAGGAAUGAGCCCCGGCUCGAGCAUACCAAAACCCACCGCUCUUGUAAAAGGAACGACGAAACAACAAAAAGACAUAAAUAUUCCCAACAUCACUAACCCAACGAAACUCAAGGGCGAAUCCUUACAUCGUAAAUUAGAUCCCAACACCGUUGCCAUGGUCUCGCCAAUGCCAAGCAUUUCCGAUCUCAUGUCCGAAAGCUCUCACAGCAAUUCCAACUCCACCGGACAAAGCAACUCCAGCGACAGCAGCGUUAUUUAUCGGCCGAGCAGCGAAAGUGGAAGUGAAAUUAAAACUAUACCCAAUCGAAAAAUCGAUACGACCUUUGAACAUAUGGAAAAGGUUCUGACGGAUUCGCCAUGUGUGAUUGGUACGAACGCUGAGGAGGAGGCUGAAAUGACAGUGAAACCGAUGCAGCCGUUACUCCGAGGUUACACCCCGGGUGCGAGAUGCUUGCAGACUUUGCCGAGCCGUACGACGGGUCGUCAAUACACGGUGUUGCAUUCGUCCUCGCAUCAUCACGUCGGACAAGAUUACUCCGACAUUGACAUUGCUUCCGGCUACCUCAGCGACGGCGAAGUUCUACGUAGCGGCGUUAACGUCGGAAGUAGAACACUUUCGGACAUUUGCGAUGGUUAUUUAUCUGAGGGAGGUGCCUCACUUUAUUCGAGACGAAUGAAUCCCUCGUAUGGACACGAUCACGACAGGUACGCGGGUGGUGGCUCCAGACGAGAAUUAUCAGGUGUGAAGGAGCUCGUAAAUUCCGGCUCGAGAAGGGUACAGAAAAGGCCGUCUGCGAGCUCGAGGGAUGUCGGGGGUUGCGGCGCGGGACUUUUAGGUGGCUGCAGCGGCGGCAACGACGAACUGGCAGAGCUCACAAUCGAGGACCUGGCCUCUAUUCCAGCUAGCAAUCACUCAUCUGCUCACGGACAUCCCUCUCAUCACAAGAGGGUGCCGGGUGGGGGGAACGUGGCUGUGGGGGGUGGCGUCGGCAGUGGUUCGGCCACCCCCCAAGGGACACAACAGGUCUAUCGUGUGGUGACGUCACGACAUCCCGGCAGUGGUCACCACCAGCACGUGAAAAAAUCUGACAGUUCCCAACAAACGGAAAAUUCUGCUUUCAAACAUCAGCAGCAGCAGCAGCAGCAACAACAACACCAGCAGCAGCAACAACAGAGCUCAAAUUGUUCACCAAACAGCAAUUCUAACAGUCAACAAUGGAAAAAAUAUAUCGAAGCUGGGGCUGCGAGGGACAGAGACAGGGAAAAGGAGGGUGUACCUUCGAGUCCUAGUCCCUCAAGGCGAUCACAAGAAAAACACCGGAAGCAAGCCAUGGCUGAAUACGCGAACGGAGAAAAACCCCAAAAAGUAUCUUCAGGUACGUCAACGAGUAGCGGAAGCAGCAGUAAGGUCCGAGUCCCUUUGAGUUUCGGUUACGUCAAGAGGCACAGCGCAGGUACGAGUCCAAGUCCGAAUGGUGUGCAGAAUGGUGGAAAGGACCCAACCAGGACGGCACAAGUUAGUGCCGUGCCGCGAACGAAGGUCAAAGUUUCCGGAGGCACGCAGACUUGUACGACGGAGCUACAAGCGAAUUCGACGAAUUCGAAUCAGGGCCAUCACUACAAAAGUUACAGUUUGACGGGACCGAGCGCUAGUCAAUUGUCACAAUCGGUGAGGGAUCGUCUCAUGCUCGGCUCGCAGAGCCUCCCUAAGCCAGGAAGUCCCGAGUUCACAGCCCUCUUCGCAGCUGCUCAUCAUCGUGAUCGAGGAGGUGGCAGCAGUGGCGGUGGCUCGGGACAAUCAGCUUCCAGUUUUUCCCCGCGCGUGUUGAAACCCUCGGAUGGUAGCCUCAGCGACACCUGCAGCAAUUACGCUGCACCCGAUCUCCAAGGUUAUUAUGCACCGAACAGUCCGUAUUCCACUUCGUGGAUGAGGCACAGCAACACUUACACACCCAGCGGUCGAUCUCAAGGAAUGGGGCUGUGCGAAGCUGACAGCGUCGAAUCCCUCGGUUCGCAUCGAGCGAGCCUCACUCAUACGCGUUUGCUCAUGCAUCAAAGAGAUUCAUCAGGCUCACCUGCUCCGCCACGACUAAACCGAAGCAAUUCGAUCAGCUUUCUGCGGGACCGGACUUUCCCAAGAUCGACCAAAAGCGAAAAAAUGUACCCAUCGAUGCUCGCACGCGGAAGCGGAGCUUCCUCGUCAGUCGGCGAGGAAGGAGUCGGUAUGGGAAUCGGUGUCGGAGCUGAACCGUAUUACAGUGUCCCCGUGGGCUCGACCGGCGGGGCACCGCAGCAUUGGUCCCAACCAACCUCGCCAACCCCCACGCACUCUUCGAGACAACCGCCGAAUCUUUACCAGCACGUUCACAAGGACGACGAUAUCCACGGUUCUUCAGUAUCUUUGGUAUCGACAGCGAGCAGCCUUUACAGUUCAGCGGAAGAAAAGCAAGCUCACGAGUUGAGGAAACUGAGGCGUGAAUUAUUGGACGCGCAGGAAAAAGUGCAUUCGCUAACGAGCCGACUGUCCGUAAACGACCACGUGGUGCAGGCUUUCGAACAAUCACUUUCAAACAUGAACCAGAGACUCAAGCAACUUACAGCAACCGCUGAGAAAAAGGAUUCCGAAUUACAAGAACUGAGGGACACAAUCGAAAGGCUUAGAAAGCAAAGUGCCGAGGCCGGUUUGAAUGGUGCAACGUCAAACGGACGUCGUCACACGCUCGGUGAUUCGGAUUCGGGUACAACAGGCUGCGCGGGUUACAGUAAUAACCAAACCCCGACAAUGGCGCGUCAGUUGUCGGCGGACAGUGUGACGUCGUUGAAUUCGUUGAGCAGCGCUUGCUCGGCGAGCAGUCAUCGCAAGAAAAAAGGAUGGUUGGGCUCGUUUUCAAAAAAGUUUUCAAGAGCGAGAAAAAAUCGUCACGGCUCGGUUUCGGACGCGGAGGAUUGUAAAGACGGGAAUACGAUGGGCGAUCUGAGCGCUCCGAACAGCCCGAGACUACCCACCGCCGCAAAACACGAAAAUUCACACAAUCACAAUCACAACUCCAAAGCAAAUGGUCAGAAAUCACCUGAACACGAAAAUCCCAUGACUGGAAGUAAAAGCAGCUCGGCACUCUACAAAAAAGAAGACGAGGACGUCGAUGACCUCAAGGAACAACUCCGCCAAAAAGAUCUCGUCCUUACUGACAUUACACUCGAAGCGCUCAAAUCUUCUGGCGAACUUCACUCGCUGAAAGAAAAAAUUGCAGAAAUGAAGAACGAGAUGAAAAAUUUACGAGAGAAUAACGAGCGUCUGCAGCGUCUGGUAACGUCGAAAUCGUUGACCUCAUCUCAAUCAUCGAUGCCGACUGAUCCGGAGCGUCGUUACAGUAUGACGGAAGUGGCUUACAGCGUGACAGCAAUGUCGAACGGAGAUCAUCAUCCGAACAAUGGUGAUCAGAUGGAAGACAUAAAUGUAACUGAGCACGCUGUAGUAUCAACGUAUACGGGGACGCAGAGCGAAACAGUGAUAGAACAAGACACGGAUGGCAAGCGAAUAAGCGUAGCAGUUUAUCUUGGCAGUGAGAAAAGUUUCAACGUUAAUCUCGUGUCGUCCAACAACGAGGAAGGGGUUGGUGAGCCGCCGCACUGUAUAAUAGCGAGUGUUUGCAUAUCGAACAAAACUACGUGGGAUUCGUUGGACAACACGGUUCGACGUUGUUUCAAAGAUUACGUAUCGAGGGUCGAUCCAGUUACGAAUUUGGGGUUAGGCGUUGAUCACGUGGCCGCUUAUCAUCUCGGGGAAUCUUCGCGAUUCACCAACGACGCCCAACAUCCGGAAUUGCUUCCCUGCGGCUAUCUAAUCGGCCACGUCAAAACGAUUUAUCUCGUUUUGACCGGAUACUCCUGGCUGGCGAUCGACACUCUCAUACCCAAAUCCAUAGUUCAACGCUUACUCUCACUCCUCACCGAACAUCGCAGAUUAAUUCUCUGCGGUCCAAGUGGCACCGGCAAAAAUUAUCUCGCUGGAAAAUUGGCUCAUGCUCUCGUCGAUGCUGAUUCCGACGCUGAUGCCAAAGACGCCGCCGCUGUUGCUACCUUCAACGUCGAUCACAAAUCCAGCAAGGAAUUGAGACAAUAUCUCGCACACAUUGCUGAAAGAUGCGACUCUAACGCUGCUGAUGAACUGCCAAAAGUUAUCAUCCUCGAAAACCUCCAACAUGCUGCCUCCCUUGGCGAAUUAUUCAGCGGCUUAUUAGGCACCAGACACUCCAGUUGCCCCGCUAUUAUUGGCACCAUGAGCCAAGCUACCUGCAGCACUACGAACUUGCAGCUGCAUCACAAUUUCAGAUGGGUACUGUGCAGAAAAGACAUGGAACCGGUUAAAGGCUUUUUAGGACGUUAUCUCCGGCGCAAACUCCUUGAGCAACAACUUCGUGAUACCACUGGCACGAGAAACCCUGAGAUGGCCGCUGUUGUUGAAUGGUUGCCAAGAGUCUGGCUUCAUCUCAACAAGUUUCUCGAAACUCACAGCAGCUCCGACGUUACAAUAGGUCCUAGUCUCUUCUUAUCGUGCCCGAUGGAAGUGGCAGGUUCGCAGGUGUGGUUCACAGAUCUCUGGAAUUAUUCGAUAAGACCGUAUCUCGUUGAGGCAGUUAAGGAAGGUACUGGCGAGGUUGCAUGGGAGGAUCCGGCGCAGUUUAUAACAACGACUUAUCCGUGGAUCGCAACGCACGCCGUGCACGGUGGACGUGAUGCCCUUUUGCGUUUAAGGCCUGAAGACGUCGGCUACGACGUCGUAAGUUCCGGACACAAUUCCGGUGUCGGUGCUUCGAGCGUUAAGAGUUUGGGUAGUACACACAGCGACACGGAAGGCGAUCCGCUGUUGAACAUGCUGAUGAGGCUACAGGAAGCGGCCAAUUACUCGAGUCCGCACAGCAAUGACAGCGACUCGGUAACGUCUAUGGACUCGUCUCAUACGAGACACUCGGAGGAUCUGAGUACAUCGACUUCGUCGUCGAGGGGCGUCGAAUCUGCUCUCUAAGCAUUUUAACGAAUCGCAAUCGCGUUCAACUUUUAACAAAUGAAUGUUACGGUCCAUAAGAUAGAAGGCACUUCCAGGGAGAAGAUUCUACCUCAAUUUCCCCGGAGAAAAGUUUUUUUUAGUAUCUCAUUUUGACUUGACCUUGUUUUAAAUUUGGCUAUUUACUUUGAAGCUAUUUUCACAUUUUGUGAUUCGUGUCUGCUCUCCAAAAGUAUUUACUUCAUACUUUGCUGACGAAUUCGUAAAAAAUGCAACUUUUCCGAAGAAAUGAGGUAGAAAAAAAGUCUUACUGAAAUUUUCAAACGAAUAGCGAAUUUUCUUAGCAAUACAAUCGUGUACAAGGCAUUUUUCACGUAUUACGUAAUUUCGCAAUAAUGUAUAAAAAUGAACGAGUGGAAUGAUCAAUUGCCAAUCGAAACACGUUUAGUCCCCGAUAGUGAGAUCAAAGCCAGAUUCAGAAGAAAAAAUUAACAAAAAAAUCGAAAUUCUAUUUCCAACGUUACAUAUUUUCUACACUUACUCGCUCUCACUCUCUUGCGGUAAAAUACUUUCGGGCUAUUUACAAGUGAUGACCGCCUGUGCCGAUGGAUUUCCUUAAUGCAUAGAAUCUGUAACGACUGGUUGCACGGAUCCAAGUUAAACGUAGCAAUAGUACAAUGCUCGAAACCGCUAUUUUUGGCACGUCAAUUUAAAAAAGAAAAUCUCAACAUUACGCUCAUUCUAAAAAUAGUACAACGCGCGAAUACAUGAAGGAUUCGAGUCCGGUGACCGAGAGAGUCGUUAAAAAAUAGCAAACACGAAGAAACUAAACUGGCUUAAGAGUUCUCAUCGGGAAAACUUAAUCGACCUAGUGAAUCGUUGCCAACGAUUUGUUUUGGGCUACGCGAACAAGUACUGGGAGCUUUUUCCACGGCGAUAAAUCAGUGUUUCGUUUUAGAAUCUUAAGGUAUCAUCGAUGUAUACAAUACAAUGAAUAAUGUCAUGAAAAAAAACGAAAGAAUACGAAACCACCGACGAAAAUAUGCACGUUUUUUCGUCAAAAAACGAAAUAACUAUUAUAUUUUACGAGAAUUCUUAUCAUAAUCUUUUUACACCGAUUCUCAUCGCGCGUAUAAUUGUAUAAUUGAUGAAAAAAUAAGAAAAACCAAAAGAAAUACGAAACACUAAGAGAUGACGAUGAAAAUAAUCGUGCUCAUCGAGGGCGCAUCCUUAAUUAGUCUCAGACAGAGUCGAAUAUCGAUCAAUUCGAAUCUCCUCAAGGGAUAAAUACACAGACAGUAUUAUCAACGCGUUUUUUACCCGAGUCGAAGUUUUCGGCGUUAUUAACUGCAUAUUUCGCGAUUGACCGAUCCAACAAUUCGAUCGAUCGGCAAACACCUGAGUGAUAUAUCUUAAAACAUAAAUAACUUUCUUUUCGAUAAGUGUACAGUGAAAAAAAAAACUCGGAGCCCUUCGGUGAAGCGACUAAAAUUGAUCUACGAUAAGAAACCAAGCGUAACACACGGUAUGACAGAAUUUUUUUACCGUUUGAGAAUGUCUACUCGGAAAUGGUAUAUUUAUAUAGAAUUUGCUAUCAAAAGCCCUAUUUAAUAGAGAAAAAAAAAAGAUAAUAUAAAUAAAUCUAUAUAUAUAUAUAAAUAAUUAUACAUACUUAAACGAUAAUGGCGCUAAAUUUUAUAUAAAUGUAUGAUCAUUAUAUAUAUUCUGAGUAAAAUUUAUAUCGCUAGACGAUAAGUGAGUAAUUCUGGUCAUUCAUAAAUGUACAUAUUAACGAAGAAAAAAGGAAAAAAAGAAACGAAACGAAGUAUACACGUUAACGGGCCAUGGGAACGAAAGUUAAUGGCCAAACGUCGCGGACUUAAUCCGCGAAAUUCACCGUAGAAAAGAGAAAAUAAGAAAAAUGAUGGUCUAUGCUGUGUAUAAAAAAAAACUAGAUAAUGAGACAUGAAAAAUGAAACCUAAAACCGCUUUAUACAAUACGCUCAGUUUACAAAAUAACAAAAGCCUUUCGCGCAUUUUGCGAAUUAUUUUAUCGCACGCCGUUAUUUGUAAAUGCCAUUGCUAAAAGUAUCUUUAUCUUUUCUCGAACUCACAAGUCGACUGACUAACUCUCGUUCGAACUCAAAACAAAAGUAAUUAUUGUAACUUGUAUGAUUGAGCCACUGGAUGUGAAUGUAAUACGAAACGAUACGGAAAUUAUCGGAAUAACUAAAACUCAUUUACAGGUUUUUUACGUUUGUACCGUAUUUAUAUGCUGUACGGCGAUGCACUCGAACACUACCGAAAUAAUAAUAAUAAUUAUUGUGUCAUAAAAAUAAAAUGUUAAACCAUA